GGAGUCGCAAGCAGCGGUGGGCAGGCAAGAUGAUGACCUCGACGACGAAAUCGUAGUUGCGACAAGUGCUGGACAUCAUCAGGAGGAUCUCGGAAUAAAUGGCGAAAACACGACCGAAGCGGAACGUCAAGGCCACGUUGCAGACACGACAGACCCCCGUCUGGAUAAAAAAACCACGAGCAAGGUGAGCACGACUGGGUCAACAUCUGAAGAGCGAAAGGCACUACGCAUUCCCCUCGGCUACAACCCUUGGGCGCUCAAGAAAACAACAACCCCCUCACAACCGGCGGCUGCUGGGGAAAGCGAAAAUUUAAGAAUUUUCUCGGAAGAAAAUAAUAAAGAGAACAAUCAUGACGAAAGAAUAAAGAUGAAGCAGCUGCACCUCGCUGCGUUCACGCUUUUUCCCAACCACCAGACGGGUGGUAGUUCUUCUAGCAGCCACGCGGAGAAGAAGGAGGCGCCGCUGGAGUUCUACGGGUUGGAAGAGGACAUCGUGGACCACUGGGUGCUAUGCAUUGCAAAAGUAUCGUACUAGUAUAAAUCGCAAUACAAAUUGGCUAAGCAUUACAGAUUGAAUUUGUAAUGCGGAUUUACGUUUACCUUAGCAAGUAGAUUUGUAAUGCAUAACUGCGAUCACUACGAGUCCGAUACUUUGUCACAGGAUAGAUUCCCUUGCUGCGGGAAAGCGUGGACUUCCUGCCCGUGCACGAAAAAGACGACUAUGACCCGCUCAAGCGUUACAAUCUCAAACGUUACAAUAGAGUAUGGAAAUCUGUGAUGCAAGAGCGCGUGAUCUAGCCAACUCUCGCAGGAUUGCGCAUGACAAGUUCCGGAGCCCCAAACCCCACUAGUACAAUCUGGCGAAACUUGUAUUGCAGAAAGUGGAACGCUCUGCGAGUCUGUCAUGCUCUUCAUGCAAGACAAGUCUCAGACUCUAUUGCAACGUUUGAGAUUGUAACACCUGAGCGGGUUAUAACGACCGCCCGGCGUUUUUGGAGAUUCAAGUGGAGGACGUCGUGUUGGACUACGACCUAUGGAUUGCAAAUAUCCCUGGAUGUCGGGAGAAUUGCAUCUUGUCAUGCUAAAUCUAAAUCAUGCAAAAAUCUGUGUUGCAUGAGUGCCAAAAGCUGUCCACUUUCGACAAAGUUGGGAGGAAAUUUCUCGUGCAGGAUAGGCAUGACAGAGACCUCACAGAGUCUGUCAUGCUAGGUCCCGCAUUCCAGAACUCACGGGUCAUGGAAAACCUGCGUGACAAGUUAGCACUCUUCCAGACCCAGACAUAUUUGCAUUUGAUACGACCGCGUUUUUCCGACCUCCGCAGACAGUCCGCCGGCGGGCCCGACGUCGCAGGGAGACAUCGCAGACUUGGCAAAUUACUACGCUGGGUCUCAGGAGCACCUUUUGCAGGACGGCGACGAGGACAGCGAGACUUAUGUUCAACAACAUAAUGCGGAGAUGAGUUAUUUUGACGCGAAAAAUAAAGAUGACGAAGAUGUUGUACAUCAACUAGGCCAACAUCAGCACGAAGAUGGUGGUGGUGGUCACAAGUCGCUUGAAGAUGACCCACGCGACGACGAGGUGGAGAAAGUAGUGGGCGGCUGCGAGGAUGCUGAUGGAGAGAGAUCUACAACCGCAAAAAUUGUACUAUCUCCAGGCCGCGAGACUAUGUCGGUUUUCCCCCCGCCAGACGACGAAGUGGAACAGAAAAGAGGUGGAAAGACGGCGCAUGGAGUCGUGGUAGUACAACAAGAACACCAAGAAGACAAUAAUAAUUUCCGCGAUAGUAUUGAUUCUCUCUCCCGCGACGAUGUCGAGGAGGAAAACUUUUCUUCUUCGUCCUCCGCAACGUCAUCCUCCAGUCGGCCCGCGGCGGCACAACUGGAUGGACACGAUGAGGAAAAUGUACUGGUGGAAAACAACCACGAGUGGUCGCCGGUCACGGACACGAAAGGCACACGGCACAGCUUUUCCAGCCACGACAGUGAGCCGUUUGUUCCCAGUCAGCAGGAGCAGCUCACGUCUGGGUCUGCUGCCGAAGUGGUGAAACAAGUGCAGCUUCCCGGGGCUGCAGCGGAUCGUACUGCGGACGGGACAACGCAGGAGCAGAACAAUGAAAUCAACCACGCGUCGACGACGUCCGGAAUUAGUUUGGAAGUGAACCCUCUAUCUCCACGAACGGCGGCGCGGCAGCAGACGAAGAACCCGUUGUUGCUGAGGAGGUUCAAGAAGGACAUGCACAAUCUGAAGAUUUUGCAGUCCAAGAUUUUUUGGCGCGUGAAGUUCGGAAUGUGCGACUGCAAGACGAUCGCGGUGGCGCCCUACAAGGCCGAGUGCAUCAAUCUGCGGAAACGCUUCGCGGAGUUUGCCGGAAUGAUCGGGGGGUCUAGUCCAACAACUCCGGAUCAACAUGGUAACUCAGCUGCCCAAGCAACAACUUCCAGCAACAAACAAAAGCAGCAGGAGCCCUCAAGUAGAACAGCAGCACAUCACCCUGACCCUGCACUUCUUCCCAACGCGCCCUUGACCUUCCGACCCUUGAUGUGCGUGAAAGGCGGCCCGGUGGAGCACGCCGCGCAGUACCGCUGGCCGCGGGAGUGUUUUUUGCCGAAGUUCCCGGUGCAAGACUACGACGCCAAUCCGGACAACUGCAUCCGCUUUGAGCUUUUCUCGCAAUCACCCUUCGCGGACAAGGGCCCGCAGCUGCUGGGGUAUCUGGAGGUGCCGCUGUUUUUGUUCCAGGAGCGGUUUGUAUAACAGUGCACAACUUCCUUGCCUCUCUUCUAUGGUCUUCGAAUCAAUGCAAAGCCAUUGCGUAUGGGAGGAACGAAUGCGCGCGCAGUGCGCGCGCGCGAUUUUUUUUUUUGAUUCUACGACCCCACCGUAGGUAAACAACUGUACGGCCGCCCUAGCGAUCCAAUAUGUUUUCGUAUGAUUAUAAAAAAAAGACGGCGAAGGAAUAUUGCGGCGAAGCAAUAUAGUUGGGGCUGAGUCCGUUACGGUUCGUUACGGCUCGUUACGGCUCGUUUGACCGUAACGAACGAAUUUUCGUUCGUUCGUUACGGUUCGUUACGGUUCGUUACGGUUCGUUUCACCGUAACGAACGAACGAACGAGUUCGUUUGUGGCAUCAGAACGAACAAACGAACGAACGAACGCACUGGCUUUGUCAUCCAAGCGAACGAACGAACGAACGAAUGCGUGUUCGUUCGUUCGUUCGUUAUGGUUCGUUUCACCGUAACGAACGAACGAACGAAGUGGCUUCGCGGGUCCGGUAACGACCAAACGAACGAACGAAUGGACUUUCGUUAGCUCGUUACGGUUCGUUUCACCGUAACGAACGAACGAACGAACGAGCCCGAUUCUAUCUCCCUACUAUCUUCCUAACGAACGAACGAGCGAACGAAUGGCUUUUCGUUCGUUCGUUCGUUAUGGUUCGUUUCACCGUAACGAACGAACGAACGAAGUGGCUUUGCGCGGAUCCGGGGCCCCGGAGAUCGGAGACUUCGGGAAGCCGGAGUGCGCCUGCGGGGGGCGGCUCAUCACAAAAUUAGCCCUGCCAUCCUUCGGAAGAUUCCGCGCGGCGGUGCUAUGUGUUUUCGAAAGUAACGUUUAUAAAUGCAGGAUGCCGUCGUGGGGAAUAUUCCGCAGGAAGGUAUUCUCGAUUUAUAUGCGGAAGGGGGCCCUCCGACCGGAUGCUACACGGACGACCACGGAGAGGAGUCGCCCGCCGCCCCUUCCUGAGUGCCAGCCUCGACUGCCAGCCGGCAGAUCGUUUAUCGGAAAGGGGGGCAAGCCCCGCGAAGGACUCGCCACGAAAUCUGCCAUGCCAUCCUUCGGAAUAUUCCGCGCGGCGGCGCUAUGUAUUUUCGAAUGCAGAAAGUCGCACGGAAUAUUCCGAAGGAUGGCGCAGCGGCUCGACAUCAACCAGCCAUGGCCGCCAGCUGCGCGACGUGCGCCAGGAAAGGGCGCCGGCCGUGACGCACCAAGGGGCUGCCCGCGCGGGGGACACACAUGCAGGAACUUUUGGCCCCCACGCUACUGAUUCAGGCCGGCACACUCGGAUGCCUAGAGCUCCACCCGGAACACGAGCACGGGCAUGAAGUCGCAUUUUUCUUCAACAAACAACAGCCCCUCCGAAGUACUCACUGACCUUGUUCGCUAAAGAAAAACGCACAAAGCCGACACCGGAGAAGACGGCAACAUUGCUGAGCCGCAGGCCUUCUGCACAGUCUCGCGAGAAUUUUGCCCCUUUGCAGUUUUCACGCACAGCCGUCUUUUCCACAAACUCGGAUUCGUUCGCCAGGGCGUACCGGCUCCUGACGAGCUCGUUCGUUACGGUGAAACGAACCGUAACGAACCAUAACGAACGAACGGAAGUUCGUUCGUUACGGUGAAACGAACCGUAACGAACCGUAACGAACGAACGGGAAUUCGUUCGUUACGGUGAAACGAACCAUAACGAACCGUAACGAACGAACGAAAAUUCGUUCGUUACGGUGAAACGAACCGGAACGAACCGUAACGGACUCAGCCCCAACUAUACUCCGGCGAAGGGUCUACCUUUUGCAGCCUUCACGCAAAGUAGCAAAUUUCGCCCGACUGGCGACGGCGAGUUAGUACCAGUCGAUUUUGACUGUAACGAACUCGGCGGAUCGAUUUUCUUUCAGGUUCACUCAACGUGCAGUGAACGAGAGGGGUCGAAAAAAAUGCCCAUUGAAGGGUGAAGAGGGAUUGGGCGUAGCAAUUCCCGACACAAUACCUUGAGCCAAGUGCCCGGCACUGCAACACCUUUGGCACUGGUUUCAUAGUCCACAAGUCUCAAUAUUGACAAGUCAAAAAUACAAGCGUCGGGAAGAGGACUGCCGGUUUUGCAUGACAAAAAAUGCACGACCCAGGAUGAUUGUAGUGCUGUCUGAUCUACCAGAUGAACCUGUCAUGCAAAACAUGCCAAAAGGCAAAGGGUGCAUUUGGUAUUUUGCAUGACAAGGUGAGUACUAGUUGUGCACAACUCUCAUAGUCCGGGCAAACUGAGUACCAGUUUCCGCUGGUGAUGGCGAUAAAAAAGCAGGACAGCUUACCACAAGACAGCCAACUGAACAGCCCCACCGCGGCCGCAGUUGUGAGAAAAUCUUCCCCCGCGGCUCCUGCAGCGGCUCCGGUCGUCGUGCCUACAACCAUAACUGGGGAUAUUGAUCAGCAGCAGCACGGAGUUGGUGAGGAUGUUGUGCCAGGAACUUCUACAGCCGCUACUUCUACUACUCUCGCCCCACCCGGACGUCCAGCCGACGACGAAGAUGUUCUUGAUAAGGUCUACGAGGCGACGAGAACCCCCUUACGACCACCCGAGGCGGUUCGCAAGGACCUGCAGGUCGCACAGAAGGAUAAAAAAGAUACGAAGAUGAAAAAGCGGGCUCACAAGCUGUUCAUAAAAUCAACCGACAGUUCUGGUCAGCCGGAUCACCAUGCCGAAGUAUUCGACUCGGAAAACAAAAAAACGCCUUUCGACGACGCGCGCAUUUUUGUCACGUUUCGCGUCCACUACAACCGGCACUGGACCAACGACCACUUCCCUGUUGAGCCACUGCUGAACCGGAUGAACCAGCGGAGUCUGAAGAUCAAAAACAUGGACAUGGCGACACUGUCCGUGUUAUCCUGUGUAAAAUCGUCCCCACCCCAGAGUUGUCAUGCAAAUCUGCAUGCUAAAAAAGUUUCUCAUGCGGAUCGCCAUGAGGGGCAUUUUCGAGUCGUGUUGUGGAAUUUGUGAUGCUAUAAUCAGCUAGAUAUGCUAGACCUGUGAUGCUGCUGAAGUACCUAAACAGGACUACACUACGGAAACAGACUUGUCAUGCGAAACAACCAAAGCUGGCUGAUUUGUCUAGCAGAUUUCCCAUCUUAACUCUGGUAUGGGGACGCUUUUACUCGGGAUACGUGUUUCUCGUCGACGCGCGGCGGACCUUGACGCGGUUGGGCAACGCGUUCGCGGUUCUGCGGGACUUUUUCGCGGGGAUCAACUGGAUUUUGGAAUUCGAGCAGUACUACCGAAGUUGGUUGUACUUACUCGUGUCCAGCUGGUUCUUACUGUACCAAUACGACUACUUUCUCGCGUUCUUUCUCCUUUGGGUGUGCUACAAGCUCUGGCGCCUGAACUUCGUGCCGGUGUCCGGUUUGUAUCAAAUGCAAAUGUGUCUGGUUCUGCAGGGAUGUUGCAAGGUUUGUCAUGCACAUUUUGCAUGACCCCUGAUGUCUAUGAUGUAUGCCGUAGUAUCACAGACUCCUGUGAGGGCUUCCUGAUGCCUAUACCGCAAGAGAAGUGCCCUCUCGCCGUCGCAAAAGCUGGGCCUUUUUUGCUGUUCAUGCAAUACAGAUUUUUGUAGAAUCCAAAUGCAGCAUCACAAGUUGCAUCCUUCCAGACAUCCAGGGAUACUUAUUUGCAUUUGAUAGUUUGUGGGAGCGGACCAAAGAGGAGGGAAAGAGUCACCGGGAGAAACGAAACCACCGCAAGGGUGGCGCAGCAGCACAGGGUGACAAGACCGCCGAGCAGAAGCGGGAGUACAAAAUUCUACCUUUAAUCUCCGACACACGCUUUGCCCGCUCGCUCCUGCCGCACACCGCUUCCGGCCUUCGAACGUUCGUGCGCAGCAGCCCGCGGGAGGCGCUGGCGUUGGACCUGCGGGAAAUCUUGACGGUGCUGAAGCAGCGGCAGGCCAACGCGGAGCUGCAGCCCGGACAACGGCGGGUGCUAUUCUGGACCGUGUUUGGCCUGGAGAUGGGCGUCGUGUUCUUUCUCCAUUACCUGCCCUGGCUGUACGGCUGGGCCUCGCACCUAGCCGUCAGCCUGCACAACAAGCCGUGGAUCCAGAAAAACACCAGGUUGCUGCUGCACUACGGGUACCGGGCCGGGUUUCGGCUGCACCGAGUUUCCACUCGAAGGUGCAAGCAGCUGGUGGACUUUGGUACGGAGUUCAGUUUUGCAGCUCAGAAACACAAUUAUAAUAUCUUGGCACAACAAGAAGAACCACUUGUUCAUCCCGGCACGAUGAUGGGUAUCAACACCGAGCGAGCAGAACAAGCAGCCGAGGCGGGCACGACGCCCUCGAGGACUCUCGCGAGCUCACUACCAGGAGAUCAACAUCAUGCGGGGGAGCUGGCUCACGGUGGGGCGGGGGAAGGAUCACAAUUGGAUCUCCUUGUUUCAUCCGACAGCGGAGCAGUAGUAGACGAGAGCAAUGAGGAAUCCGCGUCUUCCUCCGCAGCUUCCGGACUACAAGAAGAGGAUAAUACCUACAACGACGUCACGCGCCGGCCGCGAACCGACCCAGAUGAGUCCUCCAGUCACGAAGAGGCCGUGGACGAUGACAUCCCCGGAAGGCGAGGCAAUAAUUUUUACGACAGAGCAUCAAGGCAAGCUGCGCCUCCUGGCAUCUACCUCCACCCCCCCACAGCUACAGAGGAUGAAGACGCCACUAGCUAUGAUGUUGAUAGCGGUAAUUUUGAAUUCAAACACAUGAAAGCCACGGCAAUAGCGGUAAGAACUACUCCCGUUACCCUACUCAGUCCGCCUUCCAAGAGUGACACUGCCAGGGCUCACGUUUUCGCUGAGGAUCUAUCCGAGGAUUACGCGCUCGCAAUUCCGAGUGACAAAACGUUCAAACGGGCCACCACCACCGACCUGCUGUCCAACAAGUCGCCGGGACAGAGUAAGAAGCGCACCCAGCUCCAGAUCCCCGGGUUUCAAGAGAGAUUGAACGAUUUGGAGGACAGCAACGAUGGCGGAGCCGCCAACAGCGACGCCGCGUCCCUGCCCAGUGCAAGGGUGGAGCAGCUGCUCCGGUCCUGGCAGGAGCCGAACUUUGACGACAUUCCGAUGUCUAUGGAGGUCUUUGAAAACGAGCGCCGUGCGGUGCUGGUGACGAACAACGUGAAUGCCGUGCUGCAUUUUUUCAAGGGCAGCACGGAUGAACAGGUGGUGGACCCGGAGGAACAACGACGCGAACUGAACAUAUCAACUGCAAAUAUGUCUGGGUCUGGAAGAGUCCGAGUUUGUCAUGCGAGAUUUGAUCGACAGAAAAGUCUGUAUGGCAUGACCAGCAAAACAAGCCCCCACUUUGGGCAACACGAAGGCAACGUAGUUCUAGUUUCUAAAUGCGAAAUAAGUAUCGAGGAGUCUUCUCAAAGCUUGUUAUGCUAGACCACGCAUUCCAAACCUUCCGGGUCAUGCGUAGCCUGCACAACAAAGUUGCAUCUUCCAGACCUAGACACAUUUGCGAUGCAUAGAACAACGCGUUUAGCAAGUUUCAGCUCCUGUCCUUCAGCGGCUUUCAAUCCGGUGACCCGUUAUCACAUGCAAAAAUGCCUGGGUCUGGAAGGUUGGAACUUGUGAUGCUAACUUUGGACUGUAAAGAAAUCUGUAUUGCAUGACCAGCAAGAGGAGUCUAUUUUGUGCUACCUGGGGAGGGCAUUUGUCAUGCGGAGUCGGCAGCAGGAAGGGUUCUAAAAGUCUGUGAUGGUAGGGCAUGCAUCACACACAAUCCUGGAUCAAGCAAAAUAUGCAUGACAAACCCGGCAACAUUCCAGACCCAGACAUUUUUGCAUUUGAUGCCCCUCGGAGUGGUGCGACGUGCGGAACACGCGCACGAAAAGACCUGCGCCGGAAAAACACACCGAUUUUGGCCGCUACCGGGUCUUCUGGGAGUGGAGCAUUGUCUCCAGUCCCGGCGUGUCCACAGACGUGGACGGGUGGCGAUACGCGGAAUCUUUCCACGCCGACGACUGGCAGCCCGUGCCGACGUUUGGUGGUGGCAACGGGGACAAGAAUUUUGCGGUGCGGCGCCGGCACUGGGUCGCGCGCCGCGCGAGAAUCACCCGGAUCGGAAAUGAGCCCUCCUCGAGUGCUGCUGGGUAUAGUACCACUACGAACGCGGGCGACCACAGCAGCCGGGAACAUGCAGGGAAGAAAACACGCAUGGAGCACCGGUUCGCGAAGGAACUGCACGAGGCGGAGAAACACGUGAGUCCGAAUAUCAAGAUGAAAAGUCCUCCCUCGUCGUACUCAAAAGGAGAUUUGUGUAGCAUGAUUCAUGAUCACAACUCGCGUUGUGACGCUAAAAGGGAAAAGAUGCAGACUGUAGCGCUGGCACUGGCUGGCGUGCUGGGAAACCCCUUGCGUCUUCAGCAUCACAGGAAGAAAGUGGAGGCGGAAAACAGCAUUACAAAUUGCCUCAAGGCCCGUAGCGAUAAUUAUUGCGUGCGAAUUGGAAGGAAAAAAGGAAACAAGGAAAAAAGAAAGAAAGGAGAUUUAUUUUGGGAUUGAAGUGUGUUCUAUUUUGUGUAAUUACAAAUUGCCUGCAAACGAAGGAGUAACUGCGUCUCGUGGCCUUCUAGCAAUACAAGCCGACUCGUGUACGCAAAUACACCAUCACAAAUCUCGUUUUCAAUAUGGGGAGGGGGGAUUUUGCCUCACAAUACCGAAGGAGACGCCCCGGGUGGCGUGUCGCGAGGACGCGCUAGUCGACGCGAGGCAGCUGUUCAAGCAAGUGCACGGUCGUGCUUCUUCGUCCAGGAUUCGUCCUGGCGCUCAUGACAAAUACGCGGCGGACGCAGUGCACGAGGAUCUCCGUCGUGCUCAACAAGAAAAUCUCGCGUUCCUCUCGGACUCCACCUCCUCGCCAGAAAAGGGCGGUGGAGCAGACAGAGACAAAAGCGAACCGUUUCUCACCCGCUCGAACGUGACCACCAUCAUCCACCAGCAGCCCUCGAGUCCGGUCUUCAGUUCGCCGACCUCCACACCAAUCAGCUCCAAAAACGCGGCGGUUUUUGCGCAGCUCAGUGCCGAAAGCAGACUCGUCUCGACCAUAUCAUCUCCAGGAGGACGACCUACUGGCGCGACUACUACGCAACAGCAGGGUAGUACGGGUUAUUUUCCUAUGUCGACUACACAAGUCGAGCAACGCAGUAGUCCCAGCGCAAGAGGACUUGCCAGCACGAUGAGUCGAGUAACGAAGUUGUCCAAGACCAGCGAAGUAGAUCAUACCACGGGCGGCCGCGAGUCCUCGCACGACCUGGCGCGGCGGCAUGUUGCGUCGGGGCACAGGACGGAGAUGUUUGCGUCGCUCCCCGAUCUGGGCACGAUUGACUCCUCCGGGAAUGAGGAGGCGGAGGACGAGGACAGUGCGCAGUUCGCGUCCCCGCUGGGGAAAGCCUUUGGGUCUAUGACGUCCGCCUCCUCGGCCCAGCACCUGGGCAGCGACUUGUCGUAUAAUAACCUGCUGCAGCACGACGGUGGUAGUUCAACUACGGGAGGCCCGUUGAUUAUGCUGGGGAAGAACGAGUCCGCCGCGUCGUUUGGGGACGCACUGGAUCCGGAUAAGGAUGGGCAGCAGAUCAUGCGCAACCUGUUUUCCCAGAGCCAGCAAGACCUGGCGCAGCAGGCGGCUUUGGAAAAUGCUGCGCUGCUGAGUGCGCGGCAGAGGAAAGAGAGGAGAACAACCGCAGCAGCUUUAAACAUAUCACCGGCACCAGAUGAUGAAAUUCCACGUUCCGCGCAGGGAGAUGAAAUCGGAAAUUAUGGAAAUAACGAUGCCCUACUGGACAUCGUGCCAGGAACUACAACUACGUCGAAUAUGUUGAUGAAAGGAACAAGUACAUUAAGCGGUGGGCCACGACCAGCUUCCCCGAUCAUGAACGCAGCUAUCCAGGCAGCGCAUGGUACGACCCACAGCUUGGGGAUUCCGCGAAAAAGCAAACGGGGGAUGAUCACCCACCAGCAGCUCGGCGGACAGCUCAUGAACGCGAGUAGUUCAUCUGCCGUGGCAGGAGCUGCAGCUUCCUCUGCCGCAGGAGUUGGAUUGAUCCCCCUGUUAUUCACUGCUAAUAUGUGGUCUGGGUCCCCGGGAAGCAGGCGAGUUUAUUGUCAUGCUUGGCCGGGACGAAAGAAAAUUCUGUCAUGCUCGUUGUGCUACAGUGCCACUUCUUUGUCAUGCAAAAAGGCGCCUUAUUGUCAUGAGAUUAGCGUGUAGACAUAGCUAUGCUCAGAUGAUGAAACUUGCCAUGCGCGGCUCAGCAACACUGUUCGCGAAGUAUCCUUCGAACAUUAGCAUCGCAACCUUAUAGGAAUCAGACCCAGAUCACGAUAUUUGCAAUGCAUAUCUGUACUCGUUGCAAACGGAGUUCGAGCAAUUCGUCGAGUUCUUUGUCGGGUAUUUGGACACGAUUGAGUCGUACGUGGAGGCAUUUGAGAAGUACAAAAACCUGUUCACCGGGCGGGUGCGGUGGAUCACGCAGUUGGUUUUUUUCGUCCUGUUCCUGCUGUUGGUGCUCACCAUUUUUUUGCCAACCUCCCUCUUGAUGUUCCUCCUGUUAAUCAGCUACUUCUACGACGGGCACUUAGUGUACCAGCGGCAGCUGAAGAACCGCGAGGCCUUUCUGGCGGCGAUGAAAGCGGACCUCAUGCUCUUAUCCUUGCCGUUGUCGGAGUUGGAUGAGAGAUGUACUAGUCAAGACGCGGUGCGGAUGAACACAGGUGCUAUAACAAAUCAUCUUGUAGAUGUAGUUGCAACAGGAACAGUCGCAGGAGCGUCCUCGAACAGUCUUCAUAUUAAAGCCUCCCCCGAAUCCGAAAGAACAGCAGCAGCACCACACGAUAGCGGCACGACUACGAUUCACCUGUACGGUGUGGCGAACCCGCAACUGCUUGCGAUCCGGCACAAGAUCGGCGGCUUUCGGUUCGCGGCGCCCCCGCCGCCGCAGAAGGAUCCCGCUCCUGGGGACUCGUCUGUGUCGGAGGAACUCUCGAAGGACGGGUCUUCUUUAUCUCCCACUUCGGCGGUGGCGAAGCAAUUCUCGAGAGAGACCGGCACGAAGAAGCAACUCUCCUACUGUGCGCACUGGAGCCUGGACACGAAAAUGCAGGACGUCUUUGUCUCGUUGCACCACCGGGGUGGAGCCGCGAGCAGUACUAUCUCGUCCGGCACGGCCCGGCAGGAAGACGAGGAGACCAGCGUCGACGAGUUGGAGGCAAUAUGACAGUGCACAACUCCCCCUCCCCCUCAUUUGUCAUGCAAAAUGCCCAAUCCAGGCUGUGCCUCUUAGCACUGUUUGCAUGACAAGUGUUCUGCCAGUCCAAAUAGCACUACAAUCCUGUGCAGAUUUGUCAUGCAAGACCUGCAUAAUUCUCGGUGCUGCUUGUAUUGCCGUUCGUGCCAUACAAAUGAGGGGGAAGGGUCGCUGUGCACUUUCACAGGCACUAAGCGACGUGGAAAAGAAACUUUUGCUGUACCUCAAAGACCGGUGGGACGUCACGAUUGACCAGCAGCAACUCCACGCACUAUGGCUCUCGCCCUCAAGCACUCUCCGCGACCUGGCGCGCACCGUUGUGUACAAGUCAAAAGAUGGCGUGUUCUUCCAGAAGCGGGUGGUACGCCGGAGGACGGCGGGGGAAAACUACUUUUUGAACCUGUUCGACCACGUUCCUUCCGACCGAAGCUUCUAUUCCAAGGACAACGUCUGCUACAAUCCCCAAUUGGGGUGAGGAGGAGUACCAGCGCUGGGAGAAGUAGAUGGAUAGAAGUGCGGCAUUAUAUAAGUGACUGUGACUCAUUCUCAUGUUGCGCAGGCUUGAAGAUGCAGACUGUGACUGUGACAUGCUUGGUUGCUGAACAACAUACUUAAAACCGAAACAAGAGAACAAAACGGAGAAGCAGACAGAACGGAGAUGACCGUUCUUGCCCUUAACGCAGAGACUCGUGAGUAAGUACUAAAUCCUGGGUUCUUGUUGACC